AUGGCGCUUGCAGCCCAGGAUGAGUGCCCGAGCAGGCCGACGUUAUGUACUGAAAUUUACCUCACAUCCGCCAGCCGCGUGCGGAGGGAUCUUGGAAUUGCCCUAGCGAUCAUUACGACAGGAGGCCAGGUACCUUCGCCAAGCGGGACAUGGGGGAGCAAGGCGCGAUGCGCUCGUGCAUCGCCACAAACUCAGAGUGGUCCCUGGGGCGUUCGGAUGCGCACGAUGCAAGACACCGAUCCACAGAACGUGCCCGGACCUAGCGCAGGUUCGGCCUUUGAGUGCGUGCACGCACGCAACGCACCGGUUUUGAGCGACACGUUGCGGCGUGUCCAGCAGCGGAGGAGUCCUCGUUGCAUCGACGGAAAGAAAGAGGAGCACACAGCGUCCUCCUCCCCCUCCUUCCCAUUCGUGAGAGGGCCACCAGGGCCGCGCACCAGCGUCUCGGCGCACGCCAAAACCCGCACAACGCUCGCGAUCCUCGCUCGUGAGGCAAAAAACGAUCAAAAGCAGCAAGCAGCAAAGAGUCGCUGAGUGGGAUUGGCCUAUCUGAUUCAGCCGAAAAGGCAGGUCCGACCCCGCGAUGAGUCCAAUUGGCCCGCAUCUCCAUCCGCAUUCAAAUUUCAUUCAUCUCGGCUGCGAGAUACUUAGCCGAGCGUGCUGGAGGCUGAGUUGACACCUGCGAUCUGGGCCGCUCCUGCUCUUUCGAACGGUUUACUAGAGCAGCCGGGCGGAGGGGACGAGCACUGGGGUCCGAGCUUGAAGAGUCUG